AUGGUUGGAAGUACGCUGGCCAUCCGCUCCAAGAUGGUAUCCCCAUCGACCAUGCAGUUGUCGUCGCUGUCGCGCAGGUCGCUCUCGACGCGACCCAUUCUUCGAUCCGCUCUCCCCGUGAGAUCUGGCGGUCUCGCCCGUCAGUCUCGUCGCACCUACGCCGACGCCGCUCCCACUCCCCAGCCCAAGAAGAAGGGCUUCCGGUUUCUGCGAUGGACCUGGCGUCUGACCUGGCUCACCGGUAUCGCCUUGACCGGUACUCUGGCCUACAGCAUCUACGAGCUGCGUCACCCCAUCGAGCAGAUCGAGCCCGACCCGUCGAAGAAGACCCUGGUUAUUCUGGGUACUGGAUGGGGUUCCGUGUCUCUGCUCAAGAAGCUCGACACUGAGAACUACAAUGUCGUCGUCGUCUCCCCCCGAAAUUACUUCCUGUUCACUCCCCUGCUGCCCUCGUGUACCACCGGUCUGAUCGAGCACCGCUCCAUCAUGGAGCCCAUCCGCAACAUCCUGCGCCAGAAGCAGGCUCACGUGAAGUUCUACGAAGCCGAGGCCACUAAGAUCGACUACGAGAAGCGCGUCGUCUACAUCAGCGACGACUCCGAGAUCAAGGGUGAAAUCUCCCACACUGAGGUGCCCUUCGACAUGCUGGUCGUUGGUGUCGGUGCUGAGAACGCCACCUUCGGUAUCAAGGGUGUUAAGGAGAACUCCUGCUUCCUGAAGGAGGUCGGUGACGCUCAGAAGAUCCGUAAGCGCAUCAUGGACUGCGUUGAGACCGCCAUGUUCAAGGACCAGACCGAGGAGGAGGUCAAGCGACUGCUGCACAUGGUGGUUGUUGGCGGUGGCCCUACCGGUGUGGAAUUCGCCGGUGAGCUGCAGGACUUCUUCGAGGAAGAUCUGAAGAAGUGGAUCCCCGACAUCCAGAAGCACUUCCAUGUGACCCUGGUCGAGGCCCUCCCCAACGUGCUGCCCAUGUUCUCCAAGCAGCUCAUUGACUACACCGAGUCGACCUUCAAGGAGGAGGCCAUCUCCAUCCGCGCCAAGACCAUGGUCAAGAACGUCACCGACAAGUACAUCCAGGCCGAGGUCACCAAGCCCGACGGCUCCAAGGAGAUGGAGACCAUUCCCUACGGUCUGCUGGUCUGGGCCACCGGUAACGCGGUCCGCAACGUGGUUCGCGACCUCAUGAACCAGCUGCCCGCCCAGAAGAACUCGCGUCGCGGUCUCGCCGUCAACGAAUACCUGGUCGUCAACGGUACCGAGAACGUGUGGGCCGUCGGUGACUGCGCCAUCACCAACUACGCGCCCACCGCCCAGGUGGCCAGUCAGGAGGGUGCUUUCCUGGCCCGUCUUUUCAACACCAUGGCCAAGACCGAGGCCGUUGAGCAGGAGCUGAAGCGCUUGUCCGAGGCCCAGGCUGAGGCCAAGGGCGACGAGCGCAACGAGGUCUUCGACGAGAUCCGGGAGCGUCAGCGCCAGCUGCGGAGAACCAAGCAGAUCGGUCCCUUCCAGUACUCGCACCAGGGAAGUCUCGCCUACAUCGGAAAGGAGCGUGCAGUUGCAGACAUCAGCUGGCUGAGCGGCAACAUCGCAAGUGGCGGUACCAUGACCUACCUCUUCUGGCGCAGUGCUUAUCUGAGCAUGUGCUUCAGCACUCGCAACCGUGUUCUGGUCGCCAACGACUGGAUCAAGGCCAAGCUCUUCGGCCGUGACGUCUCUCGGGAGUAA